AUCAGCCCCGUGGAUGUGCCGCCGCGGCCGCCGGCUGAGCGGGCGGCCUUCACAGCCCGCUCUGCUCUCCCUCCGGCCGGACCGGGACCGCAGCUCUGUCCUCAGCCUCUGCCCGCAGCGCGCACUCCUGGAUGAGCGUCCCUCGCUGCCGCUGAGAUGGCCCCGGUCCCCAGGAUGCCCUCAGUGCUGCUCCUGCUGCUGCCCGUCCUGAGUUCUGCAAGAGCCCAGGUCAACCCAGCCGUGUGCCGCUACCCCCUGGGCAUGUCGGGAGGCCACAUUCCGGAUGAGGACAUCACAGCCUCCAGCCAGUGGUCAGAGUCCACCGCGGCCAGAUACGGACGGCUGGACUCGGAGGAAGGGGAUGGAGCCUGGUGUCCCGAGAUCCCGGUGGAGCCCGACGACCUGAAGGAGUUCCUGCAGAUCGACCUGCACUCCCUGCACUUCAUCACGCUGGUGGGGACACAGGGCCGCCACGCCGGCGGCCACGGCAUCGAGUUCGCCCCCAUGUACAGGAUCCACUACAGCCGGGACGGCGCACGCUGGAUCUCCUGGCGGAACCGGCAUGGGAAGCAGGUGCUGGACGGAAGCAGUAACCCCUACGACAUCUUCCUGAAGGACCUGGAGCCGCCCAUCGUGGCCAGAUUCGUCCGCUUCAUCCCGGUCACCGACCACUCCAUGAACGUGUGCAUGAGGGUGGAGCUCUACGGCUGCGUCUGGCUGGACGGCUUGGUGUCUUACAACGCUCCGGCCGGACAGCAGUUCGUGCUCCCUGGAGGCGCCGUCGUCUACCUGAACGAUUCUGUCUACGACGGAGCCGUCGGGCACAGCAUGACCGAGGGGCUGGGCCAGCUGACGGACGGGGUGUCCGGCCUGGACGACUUCACCCAGACCCACGAGUACCACGUGUGGCCCGGCUACGACUACGUGGGCUGGAGGAACGAGAGUGCCGCCAACGGCUACAUCGAGAUCGUGUUUGAAUUUGACCGCAUCAGGAACUUCACCACCAUGAAGGUGCACUGCAACAACAUGUUCGAGAAGGGCGUGAAGACCUUCAAGGAGGUGCAGUGCUACUUCCGUGCGGAGGCCGGCGAGUGGGAGCCCAACGCCGUGUCCUUCCCGCUGGUGCUGGACGACGUGAACCCCAGCGCCCGCUUCGUCACCGUGCCCCUGCAGCACCGCAUGGCCAGCGCCCUCAAGUGCCAGUUCCACUUUGCCGACACCUGGAUGAUGUUCAGCGAGAUCACCUUCCAGUCAGAUGCUGCCAUGUACAACACCUCCGGGGCCCUGCCCGCCUCGCCGGGGGCGCCCACCACCUACGACCCAAUGCUGAAAGUCGACGACAGCAACACCCGGAUCCUGAUUGGCUGCCUGGUGGCCAUCAUCUUCAUCCUCUUGGCCGUCAUUGUCACCAUCCUCUGGAGGCAGUUCUGGCAGAAGAUGCUGGAGAAGGCCUCCCGGCGGAUGCUGGACGACGAGAUGACCGUCAGCCUGUCCCUGCCCAGCGAGUCCAGCAUGUUCCACAACAACCACUCCUCACCGCCCAGUGAGCAGGGCUCCAGCUCCACCUACGACCGCAUCUUCCCGCUGCGGCCGGACUACCAGGAGCCCUCCAGGCUGAUCCGCAAGCUCCCAGAGUUCGCUCCCGGGGAGGAGGCGCCGGGCUGCAGCGGCCUCGCCAAGCCAGGCCCGCCCAGCGGCCCCGAGGGCGCGCCCCACUACGCAGAGGCGGACAUCGUGAACCUGCAGGGCGUGACCGGGGGCAACACCUACUCCGUGCCCGCCCUCACCAUGGACCUGCUCUCGGGGAAGGACGUGGCCGUGGAGGAGUUCCCCCGGAAGCUGCUCGCCUUCAAGGAGAAGCUGGGGGAAGGCCAGUUCGGGGAGGUCCAUCUCUGCGAAGUGGAGGGGAUGGAAAGGUUCAAAGGCAAAGACCUGGCCGUGGAUGCCAGCGCCAGCCAGCCGGUCCUGGUGGCCGUGAAGAUGCUCCGGGCAGACGCCAACAAGAACGCCAGGAAUGAUUUCCUGAAGGAGAUAAAGAUCAUGUCCCGGCUCAAGGACGCCAACAUCAUCCGCCUCUUAGCCGUGUGCAUUGCCGACGACCCUCUGUGCAUGAUCACCGAGUACAUGGAGAACGGAGACCUCAACCAGUUCCUCUCCCGCCACGAGCCGCCCAGCUCCAGCCCCAGCCAGGUGCCCACUGUCAGUUAUGCCAACCUGAAGUUCAUGGCGACUCAGAUCGCCUCCGGCAUGAAGUACCUUUCCUCCUUGAAUUUUGUCCACCGAGACCUGGCCACACGGAACUGCCUGGUGGGCAAGAACUACACCAUCAAGAUCGCCGACUUCGGGAUGAGCCGGAACCUGUACAGCGGGGACUACUACCGCAUCCAGGGCCGCGCCGUGCUGCCUAUCCGCUGGAUGUCCUGGGAGAGCAUUCUGCUGGGCAAGUUCACCACAGCCAGUGACGUGUGGGCCUUCGGGGUGACCCUGUGGGAGGCCUUCACCUUCUGCCAGGAGCAGCCCUACUCCCAGCUGUCCGACGAGCAGGUCAUCGAGAACACCGGAGAGUUCUUCCGGGACCAAGGGAGGCAGACCUACCUCCCGCAGCCCGCCAUCUGCCCCGACUCCGUGUACAAGCUGAUGCUGAGCUGCUGGCGGAGGGACACGAAGCACCGGCCCUCGUUCCAGGAGAUACACCUGCUGCUGCUCCAGCAGGGCGACGAGUGACCGCCUCCCGGGCCAGGCCGCCCGCGCCCACGCCACGCCACGCCCCGCGCCCACGCCACGCCACGGACCGAGUGCACGCGAGGCAGGCUGUCCCUUUCCUCCUGCCCCUCGUUUCCCACCGCUCCACCCCCCUGUCCACCCCUGACCCAUAUAUACUUUUUUUUACAUUAAAGAACUAAAAAAGAAAAAAAACGCUAGGGCAGGUAAAAUCCAGUAAAGAAACCUUCAUUGAUGUACCAGUGUUGAGAACAAAGCUAGAUAAUUUAGAUAAUUUAUAAAGGCUAAAUAUGCUUAUGUUUAUAAAUGUGCAGGUUCUACAAUAUUUUUUUAUGUUGCCUUUAAAAAUAGUUUCAGAAGUAAAACCUUGAAUGCUAAUGUCUUAGGAACACAGAGAUCAGGCUGGGGAAAGCACACGGCCAGUGGUGCCUCGGACUGGGCUCGGCCCUCGCUCUGUGCGUCCCUCUGGGGUCCAAGUAGCUGCCACCUGUUUGGAAACGCGCCGCUCUCUGGAGUGGGUGUUUUGUUCAUUCGUGGGCAGGGCUCAGGGUGGAGGUCUCUGUGCCUAGAAACAGAUUUUGCGUAGGAAGGAAUUGCAUUGUGUGGAGGUAGGAAGGGCAGCCCGUCUCGCAUGGCCAGGUGUGUCUCGGUGAGGCCGCGUCUGAAUCCGUGGAAACUGCUGUUUCGAUAGCUUUACCUAGGCCCUUGGUUCAUCUUCUCUAAAGCUGCCAACUGUUUUAGUGAAUGGCGGGCGGGGUUCCUCAGGCGCGUGCCAUAGGGGAGCGCCUGCUCCGAGGGUCCCUAGGGGCCGCCUGGGACCAGCGAGGGGAGCGCCGCCCCCCUUUGCCAGGGGCGCGCAGGAUGAGUGGGCUGAGGAGCGAGGGAGGCAGACGUAGCUGUGGACCCCAGAGCAGUGAUGUGUGGACGGUGCUGGGUGACCCUCUGCACAGGCCACGUGUGAUGGAGAGAAAGAGGGAGGCCUGGCUUUCCAACCUGUGGGAACAGAUACCGGUCAAAUCAGAGUCCCGUCAGAAUGGCUCCCGAGCUCCCUACCCCCACACCCCCAGAGUCAAGGGACAGCAGUGAAGGGAACCCCAAUUUCCACUAAGGGGACACAAGAGAAGACGGCAGAGGACACGGCUCAGGCUCAGGAGCAGCGUGACCCCUGGGCCUGCUUCUGACGCCCGUGCGUCCCCGCUCAGCCCCCAGCCUUGCUCCAGGCCACGGCAGACGCCGCACCCCCGCUCCCCAGGGCGCUGGCAGGGCCUCUCCUUCCCCCAGCAAACGCCCUUCCUGUCGUGUCCUGGGACUCGGUCUCCAGUCUCUCCCUCGAUGAACUGGAGGCUCGCAGGUGGGGAGUCAGGACAGCGGCUUGGGGAGCUUGACCCGUUUCUGCUUUGAGCAGCUGUGCCAUCUUGGACAAGCCUGCCGCCUGCACUGCCUCCUGGUCUGUGAGCUGAGAGUGCUGCAGCGGUGGCCGCGAGGGCUCCCAGUCCCAUGUGUCCAGUCUCGCUGGGAACCUGCUCACCUCCUGCCCCGAGAACUGUGGUCGGCAGGAGGUUGUCAGGGAAGUCGCUCCAGCCGCACUAGUAACACCGCCACGUGUGCGCUCCCACGCCCGUCAGACACCUGCAGGGCCGAACACGCUCGCUUCCCCCUGGGGACUUGCCCCUCUCUGCUCAUAAGGUCCGUGUUAGCGUCACGUCCUAUUGAGAGUCCCCAGAGAAACAGAGGAUAGGAGACACACACACGUUUCUGAUUCUUAUAAGGAAUCGGCUCAUGGCACCAUUUGUAGGGCCGAGCAAGAGACCCAGGAGACUGUGGUCACCUCUGAGGAUAGACCACCGGGGGCCAGUCCAGGGAGGAGGCUGAGGAGUCAGCUCAGUUCAGGCGGAGUGGACUCCUUUCCUUCCACCCGAGUCCUCAUCACAGUGGGUGCGGCCCGCACACUGGACAGGCCUCUGCCUUCCUCAGUCCAACAACCCACAGCUAAUCUCGUCCGGAAGCAGCUCUCAGACACCGAAUAACGCUAACCUGGCACCACAGGGCCCGUAGGGUGAACAGAUAAGAUCAGUCAUCACGUUUCUCUAGAAUUCAAGGGACUUGAGCAUGACCCCAGCGGGGCCCAGCCAGCCCUGCCAGGACUGCUGGGGGCAGGAGGGCGGCAUUUCUCCCGUCCUGCGCCUAACUUUUCUCCUCUGCUUCUUUCCCACAUCCCGCCUCAGCCCCUGCAUUUCAUGACCCCGCAGAGAGCAGUCCUAUUUAGAAGGAAUGUGGGGUGUCUCUGUUCCCCGGCCGUGGGCGAGAGAGGUCAUCGGCUCCAGGUGGCUGGCAGACCAUCAUUGCGUCCUGCUGGCCUUUCUAAACGUCACCUUUAUUCUGCAUAUGGAACGCUUUCCGUCCAGGUGGUGGUUUUGGAGUCAGAUCGGAAUGUCUGUGUAGGCGGGUCAGUGUGCUGAGGGCUAGGCCCCGCCCUGGGUGCCCGGCCCAGACUCACCUGCUCAGAAAGGACUGGCCUGGAGGCCGGAGGGGGCUGUGGUGUCCGCGCGGGGGCAGGAUCGCCUGCAGGUGCCCGAGGUGUGAGGAGCACAGGACGGAGGGAGUGGCAGAUGGUGAACGAAUGUGCGUGUGGCUGAGGGGAGGCCGGUGGCAGGAAAAGGCCGCAGGAAGGAGAGCGGACCUCGCAUAGGUGGCUGCGAAGGGUCGGGAGCCAGACAGACUCCGGCGAGGGUGAGACUCUGUUCUGGAGACGGAACUAGUCAGGGCAGAAAAAGUAAGUGUCGUGAAGAUGAAAGGAGGAUAUUUAUGGAGGGAAGGAAUUCUGGAUGAUGAAAGAGGAGACGUCAGGGGCAGCGUGAACAGAGGGAGCUUUGCAGAGCCUCUGAGAGAGAAGUUCCUCGUGGGCGCGGCCCACGGUGCCCGGCAGGGAGGCCCUUUCAUUCCCAAGGAAGCAGGUGGCGGAGGUCUGGGCGCCUGUAUCCUCAGCUGCGAAGCCAUCGGCUCCGCCCGCCGUGGACCUGGUUCCCAAGAGCUGCCUGGGAUGCAGACCUGGGCCUGGGGAGCUUGCAGACCACCAACUGGCUUUGCGUCCCAUCUCUUGCUUCUGUUAAGGGAUCACAGCUGGGCCCAGAAGGGCUACAGAAACAGGGAAGCAUUAGGCUCGAGAUCGGUCGACUCAGUCUCGUUUGACGCCCAGGCAGAGGUGGGUGCCGGUGGAAGCCCUGUGUCUUCUCACUCCAUCCAGGCUUCCGCACGAAGUGGAGCGCAACCAUGUGUUUUGUGUCAAAGGAGAACAGAGAGAGGGAAAGAGGAAGAAGUUUCAAGGAAAUAUUCUAAAACAGAGUAGCAUCUGCUUUGCCCAAAACUAUAAAAAAAGUGAAGAAAAUUAUAGUUAAGCCUUAAAUUAUUCUUCAAAUAGGACUGCUAAGUCCCUGAUCCUAAGUUGAAUUUAGUGUAGUCCUGCCCUCUUCACCUUUUCCGUGAGACCUCUGACCUGUGACCUGUGGCCUGGCAAACGGCAGGUCCCUGAAUGCUUCUGGGAGUUACAGAUCCUGGUGUAUGUUGGGAAAUCCUCCUGAACAGAAAUUUAACAUUUUUACGAAGCAGAUGAAUGUCUUUUCCACUUGGUAAAUGAAUUGGAAUGCUUCCCAACGCGGGAAGAAGCCGGAAUGGUUAAUGAGGACUGGAUUGCUGGCAUUUUGAGUUCUCCGCUACAAUCAGCUGCACUGCUUGGUAGGCAAUUGUUUCUAAAACUACUUAUCUCAAAACAUUUUAAAACUGGCAAGAAGUUGCAAAACUAGUACAGAGUGGCCUCACCCUAACACCAGGCUUUCCCACUGAUAACGUCUUACGGAACCAUCACGCUUUUCCAAAGCCAGAAAACUGACAUUGGUCUGAUAUUAGCGCAACCGCAGAUCAUACUCAGAUUCCACCAGCUUUUCACCUGCACUGAUUUGUUCUGGAUGGGCUUAACCCUUGCUGGUUUGUAACCUGGCCUUGCUUGGAGGCCUCGAGAAAGACACCAUCUGGAUACAAAUGUACAAACUCUUAAAGAGAAUGUAACAAACUCACCUGUUCCUUUAUCAACGAGCAUUAUCCUGCCUGGGCCGCGCACGUGCACGCAUCUGCUGACUUUGCUUGGCUGUUUAGCAUCUGGAACCAUCAAGAACAACUUGGAAGAAUCAGGCAACACAGAGAACAGUGAAGACCUGACAUGGCUUGCUGGCUAGAGAAUCUAUAAUAAUAGAAGUGUAAUAUGCUAAUUAGACCGGAUGUCUUUCCGGAUGGCCUUCUGGACGAAGCCAGGGCUGUGAGGGAAGCCUGGGUCCCCGGUGCCAGAAGGAAGCUGGUGCCGGCAGCCGGGGAAGGCCUACUCUUGCACGAAUUUUGUGCAUCGGGCCUCUAGUCAGGUAUGAAGGGAAAUCCAGGCAGUUCCUGCUGUUUCUACAGCAAGGAAGGAUCGUAAUUGUGGCAAAGAGAGCACUCCAGAGUGAACCAGUGUUUUGGUCAAGGAGUAGGUGGCACCGAGUUACGGCCCCAGGGCACCUUGUGGGAGGACUAGAAUACAGUGGUAUAGACCCUAAAUGUGAUAAACUAGUUUCAGAAUAGUAGAGGUUUCAUUUGCCUAAAUAUCUGUUCUGAAAUGAAAUAAACCACACUAGACCAAAUUAAAUACUAAUUUCAGGGGGGAGGGGAAGGGGUGGCUGGUAUUGGGGCUCCAGCUCUGUGGCUCCCAGCUGUGAGGUUUGUGGCGGUGUCUGAAGUGCCCUGUUUAGGACUCACCAGAUUGUAACUUGUUUACCACUGCGUCCCAUAUCCUGUAAAGUUCCCUGCCCAGACUCGCCUGCUGGGCACCCCAUACAUGCUUACUGAGUGUUGUCUUUGAAUGAAUCAAAUAUAGAAACAGAAACUUGUCCAACUGCAUGACUGGGGUGAAUUGGGGAGAAUUGCUCAGCUGUGAUAGAGGGUUUUUCACUUGAGGAGAGAGUAGAAAGGGCCAGAGCUUACUGGUGGAGAACAGCCCCCAUCGGUGGAUGUCCUGUGUGCGCCUUAUUCUUUGAGGUCUUUCGACAGCAUUUCAAGGUCGUUCUGUAUAAGGCACCCCGUCCGGAGCAGGCACCAGACUCUGGCCCCAAAGUCAGCCCUUUGGAAACAAGUCUUGCCGAUGUCUGGUCAAUAACCUCCAGGACUCUAAAGGGGCAGGACCCGUCAGCCCGAGCUCGCCGAGCUCGCGGGCAUUCGGGACCCGCAGGUACCAGCACAGGGGGGUUUGCGAGGUUUGAGGGAAGGCACCGUGGGGUAGGCAAUCACUCCGAGUGAAAACUUGUUUUCUUGAAAAGAGGCUGGGAACUAACGGAAGGUGUGAGCAUUCCUACAAACACACCGAGUGUGCAGUCUAGCUGCUCACGUCCGCCCUUCACAAUCCACGCCGCCCAUCCCACUCCCCUGUUGUCUGUCUGUCCGUCUGUCUGUCCAGUGGCUCUGCUUCUGCUUCAGCGAGGAGCAGGCUUCCUGGGAGAGGGCACACCUGGGCUGCUCUGCGGACUCUGGAGGGCCAUGUGGCUUGUCAAGGGGUAAAGAGAAAACUGACUUAAUUUCUGCUUAAAACUAUUGUAGUCAUUCCAAAAUAGAGCAUGUAAGAAUUCUCUGUAUUAGAAAAAGAACGAGAUACCAAUUGUAUAUUUUCUUUUCUUUAUUUAUUCUCUGUAAGUCUGAUAAUGGUCAACUGUAAAUAGCAAUGAUUAAAGAAAUAUGCGCCUGA